AUGGCAGCAAGCAGUGCCGACAAGGGCGGCAUCCUCGUGCGCGAUGGCGAGAGCACCUCCUCCACGCAGCUGCCGGAUCGGCUGAGCACGGGAGCCAUCAUCGAGCAGCUGGCGCUGAAAGGGCAGCGACUCCAGUACGGGUUGUUGAAAGGAACCGGGCCCCAGCAGGGCUGGAUUAGCAUCUCGCUCUCCGGAAAAGAUCUGGCGGUCCCCUACAUUGUGCACGUGGCGGUGCUGCCGCGUGACACCGAGCCGCGAUGUGCUCAUGAGUUGACGACGGCUCCCGUUUCCUGGACACCUGUGAGCCACACGCAGCUGCAGGAGAAGCAUCAGCAGAUGGCUCCGGGCAUCAUGUACCACAUGGAGUUUCCCUUCACGGCUGAGCUUCUGCAAAAGAUGGGACCGGCCUGGCUAACAAAAGCCUUCCACACCGCCCGCUCUAUUCCGGAGGACAACAAGGUGAAGGCCCUGAAGAAUGUGAAAGAGUACAUCGGAGGCGGAAAUUGCGCCAAGCUGGUUUUCGAUGUGGAGUAUGAGAAGGACGCGCCGGAUCUCCACACCAAGCUGUUUGCAAAGAUCCCGUUUCCGCUGGCUGGGAACACGCUGUCGGAUCGGAUGGCCUCCUCUGUGAUGCAGUCGGGCUCUGAGAUCGGCGAGAUCAAUGCCCAGCGGAUGCUCGAGUCGCGCCUCCCAUUCCAGAUCCCGCGGUACUACUUCGGCGAUGUCUCCAACGAGACGUCGAACUGGAUCCUGAUCACUGAGCGGAUACCUUUCGGGCUGAAGGACGGCGACCGCAAGAUGGAUCCGGCUUAUGACAAGAUGAAGGACUGGGAGCUCAAGGGCACCAUGGAAGAGUACUACUUCCUGCUCGUGAAGAAGGGAGCGCGGAUGGCAGGCAUGGACAAGGCAGAGAAGCUCGCACCACGUGCUGCCAUGGCCCUCCUGAGCAGCCGCGUGCGCGGCUUCGCCCUGCUUGCACUUGGUGUGCUUGCGCUUUGGAACUUCGAGGGGCAGACCGCGUUCGGCAAAGCACCAGUCGUAGUAGAGGAGACCGAGGCGUCUGGCUUGACCAAGGCAGUCGCGGAUCACGCCCUCCUGGUGUCGACGUUGCUGAUGAUCGCCUGCGGUGCUUUUGCGUACACCGAGAAGGGGCUGCCGCAAGCAGCGGGUCCGGCCGAGAAGCGCCCGGACUACAACAGCUUCCUGAUGAUCCAGAACAUUCUUUGCUUCGCAUCUGGCUAUGUGAACGCUUUGGCCAUUAUCGACAUGGGUAUGACGGUCUCUCACCAGAGUGGCAACACCAGCCACACGGGUUUGAUCUUGAAUGGGGGCGCAAAGUUCUUCCACUUGAUGCUCACCUUCUGCAUCGGCUCCUUCGUGGCCGGCUUGAGCAAGUGCGACCAGGAGGCCGUGUACCAGGGACGCUACUCGCCUAACCUGUUGGCCGCAGCCUUUGCUACGGUGUUUGGCUGCGGGGUUCACUACUGCAAGGCUGAGGCCGGCCUUGGCAACGACGCAGCCUCCGAGAGCUUGUUGCUGUGGGCCUUUGCGCAGGGCAUCCAGAACGGCAUCACACGAAGGUGCAGCUCCCUGCCGAUCUGCACCACGCACUUCACCGGCUACCUCACCGACGUUGGCGUUGGCCUGGGCCUGUGGGCACGCGCGCAGGCAGACGGCGCCGAGCCGCCCACCCUGCUGAAGGUCCUCCUCUUCGCGGCCGGCAUCUUCUUCUUCGGCCUUGGUGGUGUGGCGGCCAUGGAGACCCACCCCAUCUGGGGCGCACAGGCAGCAUUGGUCCCCGCCGCGAUCAUGGCGGCUGUGGCUGGUGGCCUCAUCCCCGUCAUCAAGACGCCUGCCAAGACCGCCUGA